ACUGAUCGAUUUGACAGGCAAGAUCGGGACUAUCGACCGUUGCAGGAGACUAGAGCAGAAACCUUCACAUUAAGACUUCAUUUUGAAUACAUUGAGAAUUUUCGCAUUCUUCUCACUAAUUACAAAAGAACUGAGAAAACAUGGAAUAAUGAUAAGGAUAAUACCACAAUGGUACAAGAAAUAACCGAUGAUAACUGGCAUGAACAGUUUGCUAGGGUAGGAUUCAAUAUCAAUUCAUUCUCUUUUGAGGAAGUGGAAUUUAUUAGGGUUCUAAUUCGUUCACUGGACCAGUUCGGUAAGCGAGAUGGCCAUCGACCACUACAGUUUGGGAAGAAGAGCUUUCGACCAUUGCAAUUCGGAAAGAGGGGUAUGGAUGAAGCACCAGAUUACUUCUAUGAUAUAUGA